GAAAUCUGUCCCAAAAUGAAACGACCGCGGAGACUUGGUACGAGCCUCGAGUGGAAGAUCCGAGGGAGAAUGGCACGAGCGUUCCAGAACUCUUCAGUUUCGAAUCUUCGAUCGGCGCAAAAUAUUCUCGAUAAAAACACGUUAUUAUCUGCUUUUGUCAUGGAGACAACUGUUGACCAGACACAAAAGGAGUUCAACGAAAACGGGAGUUUACAUGAAGAAGAUGCCGAAUUGGAUUCAAAUUUGGAUGAGAAACCGCAAGCUCCUGGGAUCGAAAAAAAGGCAACGAAAAAGCCUAAAGAAGGAAAGAGGAAUAAAGAAGAGGAAAAAAGAAUAAAGCUUCUGAUGCGUGCAUUCGAAGGCUUAGAUAGCACGGAAGCCAAGUUAGAAGCCCUCGCCAAGAAAUACGUUCAACUGGCAUCUGAACAUAAAGUGGUAGAGCAUAGAAAGGAUGAACUAGAGGCCAGAAAUGAAAAGCUCACAAAGGAAAGGGACGCGCUCCAGUCAGACUUCAAUAAGACAACACUUGCAAAGAGUAAGCUGGAAAGCCUGUGUCGUGAGCUGCAGCGGCACAGCAAACUUGUCAAGGAAGAGUGUCAAUUGAGGGCUGCAGAAGAAGAAACCAAGAGGAAAGAGCUAUCAGACAAAUUCCAGACAACCAUUAAUGAUAUUUCACAACAGAUGCAGGACAACUUCAAGCGCAAUGAACAACUAAAGCAAGAAAAUGAAGAGCUUGCAGGGAAGCUGAAAGGACUAGUUGAUCAGUAUGAGUCUCGAGAAGAGCAUGUAGAUAAAGUAUUUAAGCACAAACAGCUAGAACUUCAGCUGGCUGAGGCAAAGAUGGCGCAGCAGAAUUUGGUAUUCAACGAAAUGAAAGAAAAAACUCUCAUGGAGAAGCAAGAGCUGUUAAAGGACUCACUGGAUUAUCGUAAGAAAUAUGAGUUAAUGGUGCUGCAGGAGAAGGAGUUAAAAACUCAGGUAGCAUUGUACACAGAAAAGUUUGAGGAGUUCCAGUCUACUCUCACUAAGAGUAAUGAGAUGUUUGUCACAUUCAAGAAAGAGAUGGAUAAGAUGACAAAGACAAUCAAGAAACUGGAGAAAGAAAACAAGACGUGGAAGUCACGGUUUGAGGGCACUAACCGAUCACUGCUUGAGAUGCUAGAUGAGAGGGCCAAAAUGGAGAAAGAGCGACUUGCCCUGUCUGCCCGUAAUGACAAGCUUGAAAGUCUCUGCCGCGCUAUGCAAAAAGAGAGACUUAUUUUAAAUAAACAGGCACUGGAUGAGCUUAAACUCAAUGAGGAUAGUCCAUCCGAGACACAGACCACCGGGGCUCCCACCCCUCCCAUAGGCUCUACAGUCACGGAAAGAGAGGUACAGGGUGCCCUAGACGGAGUCUCCACUUCGAGUGAGCAAGACACGCCCCAUGACCAAGGCAUAGAGGACACCAUAGAUGGGGACCUCACCUCGAGCGAGCAGGCCACACCCACGGACAAAGACACAGACCUAAUGGUCGAUUCAAUGAAUGCAGAAAAUGAAGAUUUUUCUGAGGAGAAGAAGACAGAGCCGGAACCGGAAGACACAUCGUCUUUAAAUACAGAGACGCAAGAUGAUUGUCAGCCAGAAAUCCCACAAUCCAGUUCGGAACAAGAGUCACGUGACUCGAAUACUUCGUCGGAGAAUUCUAAUGCUUCUGGUGAAAGAGAGCCGAAGAGUGUAACAGAGAGUAAUUGUAGCUAGAAUUGCACGCUUUUGGCAUUUUGUGUUAGACAAUCUUUGACUGAAAUAACGUGUUGUGUAUAUUUUGUAUUUUAACUAAAGCUUAGAAGUAAACGGACCCACAUUUUGUUAGCAUUUACUAUUAUUUUUACCAUAAACAUAAUUUUAUGUUUAUACUUUGUUGUUUAGUUCAUUGACUGCAUGAAACUUUGUUUACAAAAUAAAAUUAAAACUUUGUU